CUCAACUUCACAGUGUUCAUGUGAGACUCGGGUCCGACUCGACUGUCGUGUGGCGCACUUCUUCAACUCUACCCGGUGUCGCGUACAGACGGACCGGAGAGAGUCACCGGCGAGGUUUUAACAGGUGGAAGUGUGUAAAAAAAACCCAAAAACUUUCUGUCCACCUCAGAAGACAAUUUGGGCAAGGAUAAAAAAAAAAGAAAAAAAAAGAAAAAUGGCAGACAACGACCACGACCACGUCUCCUCCACCACUCCUCUGUUCGGCGGAGAAGCGCACCACUACCAGGCCGAGCCGGACUCCGAGCUGGACAAGCCCAAACAGGACCUCUUCAGCAUGGAUGAUAUUGUGGACUUGGUCGGAGGGGCUCAGGACGCACUGGACCGACACUUUGCUGAAGAUAAAGCACCGGAGGAGCUCACAGGAGAGUCCUUGGCGCACCCAGAGCUGUGCGUAAAAGAGCCGGAGCCGUGCGGAAAACAGCCUUUACGCACAACGGAGCCGGAGCCUGUGUGCGUAACGGAGCCGGAACAGUGGACCGUGCCAGAGGUACUGGAGCCUACCCCCCCGGACUCCACCAGCUUCUUCUCCGUUCUUGACACCCCUGUUGUUCUUGAGCCUGAAGUGCCCGCACCGAGAGUCCAACCCGAGUCCUCGCAGAUCGAGCCGGAGCCGGAGGAGCUUCUCCCGGAGAGCGACGCCCUCCCAGCGGCUGAACCCAGGAAGGCAGCCGCAGAAGCAGAAGAGGAACCUGCGGUGACAGAGCAGCCAGCAGCUCCAGCAGCUCCACCAGCUCCAUCUCCAGCAUCUUAUCCUCUUCAUGGCUGGAACGUUAACCUUGACCGUAGAGAUGUACCUUCUCCUUCUAAAGCUCAGCCUCAUCCUCUGAUGCAAUUCCCUACAGGUAACUGUGCAGAAAGACCAUGGGUGGUGGAUCUCCUCUACUGGCGUGAUGUGAAGACCACAGGUGUGGUGUUCGGCGCCGCCCUGCUGCUCCUCCUCUCCCUGACGCUGUGCAGCAUCGUGAGCGUCAGCUCCUACAUCGGCCUGGCUCUGCUCUCGGUCACCAUCUGCUUCAGGAUAUACAAAGGCAUCCUGCAGGCCAUCCAGAAGUCCGAUGAGGGUCACCCAUUCAAGCAGUACCUGGACCAGGAGGUGGCGCUGUCCGAGGACGUUGUCCACAAGUACAGCGACCUGGCUCUGGCCAAACUCAACAAGACCAUCUGUGAACUAAGGCGCCUGUUCCUGGUCGAGGACCUGGUCGACUCCAUCAAGUUUGCUGGGCUGAUGUGGAUCCUGACUUACGUGGGCUCCUUGUUCAACGGGCUCACUAUUCUUAUUCUGGCUCUGGUCGGAUUGUUCAGCUGCCCGAUCGUCUACGAGAAACACCAGGCUCAGAUCGACCACUACGUGGCUCUGGUCAACAACCAGGUCAAAGACGUUGUUGGAAAGGUCCAGGCGAAGGUCCCCGGGAUGAAACGCAAAGCAGAGUGAAGUAACGAUAAGUCGGAGUUUGGCUUCAGGAAGUCCUGAGAGCAGAGAUGGGAGGAGGGGGUGUGUAGGUGGGGGAGGGACGGGGGUGGAUAUGAAGGAUGGCUGAAGGAGGGGUCUGGCGUUGAUGCAGCCCUUCUAACUUUAUUUGUCAAAACAAUAAAACACUUUUUUUCCAGUUCAGAAUUCCCUUUUUUUUUUUUGUGUGUUUCCAGGAAAAGUUGAAGCAGGUCGGAGGUCAUGACCCCGAGGUCGGCUCGAUGAUCCGCUUUUAUUUCAUGUCAAGUUUUAAACGUCUGUUUCUGUGAGCUGCUAAAACUCACAGUUACACAUUUAAAUCUGGAAUUAACCCUCCCUCUCCUCACCCAGUGCAUUGUGGGAAGUCAGUCGAGUUUUUUUUUUUUUUUUUUUUUUCCUUCGUCUGCUGUUUUUUAAGAGCGAGCAGCAAACAGCACCUCAUUUGUAUUUUUCUCUUUUUUUUUUUGCUAUGAUUACUGAGUUAGAAGUAUUUUGUGAUUUAGCUGUUUUACUGAAACACCAUAGUGUCCCUAAGAGCUCGUUUCCUCGGUAACCUGCUGCGUGGUUUUUGACUCGAUGUGACGAAUUUGUGAACGUCUUUGGGGGGGGGUUGGGGUACUACCAUUAAAAAAACAAAACAAAAAAAAAACGUCAUUGCUUCUGAGUAACUCUAGCUAGAAACACCUAGAAAACCUUUGCUAGACGAAUACAACACAUUAAU